UCUUCACCAUCACAUUAGAGCAAAUGCGGAAGUUCAAUCCAGCUUUUCCUAGUGAUAGCAAUCUUAACGACAGUAUGAGUGAAGAAUAUCUAUGUGCCAAAUUACAUUUAGUGGAUCUUGCAGGAUCUGAGCGAGCCAAAAGAACUGGUUCUGAUGGUCUGCGUUUUAAGGAAGGAGUUCACAUCAACAAGGGCCUUCUAGCGCUCGGUAAUGUUAUCAGUGCACUUGGUGAUGAAAAGAAGCGGAAGGAAGGUGUCCAUGUUCCAUAUCGAGACAGUAAACUUACUUGGCUUUUGCAGGUUCCACACACUUUCUCCUUAAUGAUUUCAUUAUUUUAAUUUUCUUUCUGACUUGCUUAGAAGAUUUUCAGUCUCCACUAGAGUGAAUUUUUUCCCUCAAUGCCCUUUUAUAAAAUUUCUGUUGAUAUAUAGAAAAAUAUUCGACCUUUUAGUAGAAACCAAGGGGGCAACAACUUAUUAUCCAAUAUGAUUAAAGAGAUAAAUAUUACUAAUUAUUGAUAAUUUUAUAUAUCUCAAAGCAUCUUUAUAAAACAUAUUUUUGUAAUCUGUCAAUAAAUAAAAAUUUAUUAGUGACAACAUUUAAAUAGAAAAAUUGUCAGUAAAUCCAAGUUGAGGGGUGCAUUAAGUACUAGAUCCAAGCUUUGGUCUUUGUUGUUUAUAAAGACUCAUAACACUUCUGAGUUGGUACGGAAAAACAUGUGAUGCUAGGGAUAAUUUUUAACAUUUUUACCCUCAAUUUUGACCUAAAAAAAUUUAAAA